AUGUUGCAGUCCCUGGAAAAUACGACAUCUUUAAAUCGCUCUAAUACUUCUCUAACUACUCUACACACAUCUACAACAUCCUCGCCAGCUACUGUCACCUCCUCGUCCUCAGCCUCGGCGGAUAAAGAAGAAAAAUCCCAAAGAAGACGUUCCACAUUUUAUGUUCCACUGGUCAUUGAAGACGACGACGAAGAUAAUAAAGACGAAGGGGAUAAGAAGAGAUCCUCCUCGUCCUCAUCGACAUCUGGUAGCCUAAGCAGCCUUAUUGGAGCAACUAGUCACAGCAAGGAUUUAAAAAAUUCCAGCAACAUUAAUCUCAAAAAGUCCACGACGAGCCUUUUUAAAGGCUCUUCUAGCCGUAACAGCGGUGGUAGUGGUGGUGGAGGUUCACCACGCAGCAGCUCCACCUCCGUUAAGGUAACCACACUACUCUUUGAAAGGGCCAAUAGUACCUUGGGUUUUAGUACAACCUCUUCGAAUUCCUCUACAGCCUCCUCGGGCUAUCGUAGUGGUAGCGGAGGGGGUCGCAAAGGAUCGUCCACCAAGAAAAUGGCACCACCAUGUGGUUUCAAUUGGAGUCUAAGUGGAGUUACUGAUGAUUUAUCGGCCGAUUUGGAUGAUGAUAGUGAUGCAGCGGAAUUUAUUAUAGCCAUGAAUAAAAAUAAAAUAACAUCGAAGCCACCACCACCCAUUACCACCAGCCCAGAGAAAUCGGCCUCUGUUUCUUCUUUGAGUUCGGCGAAUAAAAGGAAUAGUAAAUCUUCCACCUUGAGUUCCACGAAAACCAGUGGCACUGCCUCAACCCAUCGCUUGAGUUCCAGUAGUUCCACCAAGUCCAUAAUUUCCACAACCAAUCAUUCCACACCCUUGGCAAAGGCUAGGCCACAGACCCAAACCACGGCCAGAACAAAGAGAUAUGGUGUGGUUUUAAAUUCUCCAGAUGAUGGCAGCUCGCCAAGGAACUCUCUCAACAGUAAUAUGGGGGAUCAUGUUAGCGAGGCCCGGAAAUCCACAAGUUCAUAUAAAUCAACCACUUCCUCCACUAAUGGGGGUGGUAAAUGGCCCUCACCGGCUCCCCGGUCUCGUUACAGUGAUGGUGGUGGUGUUAUUUCCAAUGAGGGUGGUAGUUUGGCCACCCCUGGCGGCAAAUCAACGUCAUCACUGUCGUCAUUGUCCAAACAAAACAAUACAAUGCAUGCUGUUUCGAACAAAACAAAACAAACCUCCUCCAACGCACACAGUAACAGCGGCAGCAGCGUCGUCAGCAGCAGUGCAAAGGCAGCGACAUCGAAAGAUAACAACAGCAACCACCCAACCACCCCACUCUCUGCAAAUUCUUCGUCUCACAACAAUUGCAAUGAGUACGACGACGAUGAUGAUUCAGAGAUAAGUCGCAUGCAGACGAACACCUCGACUCCGAUUAAAAUGAUGAAGUCACGCUCUCGCACGAACAUCUUGUCUGUGCCGCCAGCCUCAAGUAGUACACAGCAAAGCUCUGAGCAAAAUCUAAUCAAUGUCGCCAAAAUAAAAGCUUCCAAUACAACAACAACGAAUAGUAAACAACAGGGAGCAAACACAACAAAAAUAACUGUUAACACCACCACGAUGAACACAACAACGACACCCUCUCCAAAUAUUUUGCGAGUCAAAGCAAAAACAUUGCCGCAAAAUUUAUCGCCCUCAGUUGUUUUACAGCAGGGAGAGGCAUUGGAUAAGGCCGCCACAUCGUCGUCGUCUUCGCCCAAAAAUUCAGCAGCUAAUAAAAAUUCGAAAAAAUCCCCUACGGAUACCACGGGAACAUCGUUAAAUCGCAAAUUUGGUGGCUCACAGGCAUGUAAUUUGAAUCGUGAUCCCGGCUCUACAAAAAAUGUUAAGUCUGGCAACACCAUACUAACCUCAGCCUUUCCACCAAAGAAUCUCUUCCUACUAAAAUCUACACCAAAAUUGAGUAACAACAGCACGUCCAUGUCUUCAUCGGCAGACAGUUCAUUAACCUCACCACCGAAUAAUACAAAUUCCUCCUCCUCCAAUAACAACAACGCCAAAAAUUAUCCACCCCAUCCCCAUCAAAUAACCUCACCGGCCAAAAAGUCUUUAUCCUUCAUAAGGCGGGCCCAUUCCACCAAACUAUCACGCAGUAAUUCGCUCCUAAAAUCCAUUGCCUCUCAGCAUCAGACACAAAUGCAAACCGGUGCAGGGAAUAAUGCUGGCAAUUUUUGUUCCGGCAGCUGGGGCAAAGAUUUCUAUUUGCAAUAUGAUGUCUGCCCUCUGGCCUUGGAUGAAUUGGAUACAUAUUUCCGGGCGGAAAAUUGUCCGGAAUUGAUAAGGGAACGUUUUAAAAUUUUGGAUGUUGAUUUGGCACCAGCGGAGGGGAAUUGUUCGGGUACCGAGACAUUGGUACAGGAAAAUAGUACACUGUCAUCGGCUGGUGGUGAAACUUUGAGGCAUAUUGAUAGUAGUAUUGGUAGCAGUCCAUGUUCGGAUAAGGAGCAACAGCGUAGUCCAGGUGGCAACUCAGCAGUACGAGUGACAGUUGGCGGAACGGGAGCUGAGGGGGAUGAUGAGGAUGAAGAUGAUGAUGCAGGACAUCAUUCAGGUAAGAAAAAGAAAUACGAUAAUUUACCAAAGAAAUAG